GUUCAAAAACUAUAAAGAGUAAAGUUCACCUCUCUGCAUAGCAACGUUUCCUAAAGAAGAUGAACACAGUGUAUUAUUACAGAGGGAACAGCCAUCAUCUGCAGAGCAUGAAUUCAUUGGCUACAGGGUUUUACUUGCACCAACAGCUGAAUGACCAAUUGCAGCAAACACGGACGGGAGGGCAGCCGCCAGUUAUUCAAACCCUUACAGUGGCUGAACACUUAGCUGAAAUAAUCCUAGAAGCGAGAUACGGCACCUGUCAUCAGAAACAGAGACGGAGCAGAACAGCCUUUACAACCCAGCAACUGGAGGCACUGGAGCGAGCUUUUCAGAAAACACACUAUCCUGAUGUGGAGAUGAGGGAGAGGCUUGCAAUGUAUGUCGAUCUUCCAGAGGCAAGAAUUCAGGUCUGGUUCAAGAAUAGACGAGCCAAGUAUCGUAAGCAUCAGCGCAGUUCAGAAAGAGAUGAAUUUCUGAUGGAAGAAAGUCAAUGGAUGAAGAAAAGUGACAGGGGGGAAAGAAAAAUCAAAUUGGAAAAAGGCAAAUAUCACAUCCAACAAAAAGACUCAGAAUUUUGUGGCUCCAUAGACAACACAUCAACAUCUGUAAUUAGAAGCACAACUCGGGCUGCACAACAGCCAGGCAGAGAAAAGCCAGCAAAACAUAUUUUUACAGCAAACAUAGGUCCCAUUGAAAAGGUUGGAUUAAUUGAUGAAAACAUCAACAUUCAGGUACCAGAAUGUUCCACUCUGCCACAACAUAGUGCAGAUCUACAAGAGCAAAUUCAGCGUCACAUGGCUUUGGCAAGUGUUCUUCUGCCGGACUCCCACUAUGGAAUCUGUGCUCCAAACCUGAAUGUUAAUCAGGCACCUGCCCUGUACCCCUCAUACUACCAGAGGGUUUCCCAUACUCUAGAUGCUUGUCCUUCCUCACUCAUUCACCACUCCCAUAAAUUGUCAGACUUGAUCCCAAAGCCCAGUAGCAUGGGGAGCCUGCGAUAUACCAAGCAAAAAACGAAUUUGCUAGGUCUUAACCUCCAAUACUAAAGAACCUUUGUAUUAACCACUGAAUUUGUGGA